AUGGUGCUGAAAAAAGCAAUCCAAGGUGAAAGAAUCAAUGGCAAAGCAUAUGCUGCUGAUGUUGCUUUUGAUGUUGCAGGUAAAACAGUAGCUGUUAAUAUUGUUAAACAAGGUGCUAAAGAAGUUGCAAAAGCUGGAGCACAAAAAUUAGCUGUACUAGCUGCUACUGGUGUUGUGACUGAAGUCACUGCAAAACCAAUCGAUGAAGUUAAAUCAGCCUUUCUCCUUGCAAAUUUUCUUUAG